AUGCCCGUAUUGGCUCAAGGGAGUGCUAUCGCCAAAGACCUGAAAGUGAAAAAGACUAAAUCUAGGAACGGAUGCGGUCGAUGCAAGCUCAAGAGGCUUAAAUGCGACGAGACCGCCCCCGGUUGCUUGCAGUGCAAGAAGAGGAACGUCGACUGCCCUGGGUAUGAGAAGACCUUGAAGUGGUCCACCAAAUAUGAGGUUUACAGGCCUCUCCAGUUCAAGUUUCCAUCGCACAACCCCAGUUCAACGCCCAACGUCAAGUCACAGGACUUGAAAGUUACCGAGUCUUCUCUUCCACAGAACGUCGCGAGUGGUAUCGAAGCCUUAGCUGCCGUGCUCCCUGCAGGCAAGAAGAACGUAGCACCUGGACAGGAAGAUACCCCUAAGCAAGCGUCACCGCCUGUUCCCUCACCACCUGGCCUUGAGGAGCCUACCCAAGAAUCCGAAGAUGACAGUUCUCCCCGGGACUUUGAACCUUUUCAUAUGGAGGAUAUCGAUGUCGUAGACCCCAUCAUGCUCGGGGGCCUCGUUGAUGCUAUUCCACUUCCACAUGAUGACUUUGACUUCGAUCCCUUCGACAGCCUUGACUUCGACUCUGGUUCAUUGGAUGACCUCACAUUUAACACCGAAGAUGUCAUGCAAAAACAAGAUUUGCCAUCUUUAUCUACCUCUUCAGUCUUGACUACCCGGGAAUCCAGUCGAGAAUCCAGUCCUAGGCUCUCGCGUUCAUUGCUCCUUGACUUCUACCGUCUUCCAAGCCCUUCGCCUGACGCAGCGUCACCGGAUGACGUUGAGUCGCUCCUUAUUCAGCAUUAUUUCAAAGACGUUUGCGCUGUUUUCUCUUCUUUCGAUUCCAUUCUUAACCCUUUCCGGACUACUAUUGGUCGUAUUUAUCAGGACUCUCCUUCGAUCAAGUACGCUAUUCAAUCCAUGGCCGCGGCCCACCUGGCCAACACGUUCCCUAAUAUGACCACAAUCGGCGUUGAGAUGCAGCGCAAGGCCCGCGAUGCUUUAGAUGUAGAGCUUCCUCUUGCUCAGAGCGGCCAAGCAAACGCCACCAAGACCUUUUUAAGCAUCAUGUUGCUUGGUCUCACCACCUCAUGGCACGACAGCAGUGCCCUUGGUACAGAUUAUCUAUCUACCGCACGAAGCUUGAUCCUACCGAAGCUUCUGAGCCGAUCCGAUAAAGUUGAAACCCAGCGAGAGACACAAUUCUUUGAGGAGUCUUUAAUCCAUUGGGAGAUGCUAAUGGGCUUCGUGACAGAAGAUACUAUGAGCUUCUCCCCUCCUUCAGGACUGCGCUCUCGUGCAGUUUCUAAGAAGAAUGCACCUGCUGCUCGGAGACCAGAUGGUAAAAUUGUCCCACAUCCCUGGACUGGCAUUGCACCUAUGGUCCAAUUCCUUUUCGCUGAAGUCGGCCGCUUAGUACGGAGGGAACGGUCGUUAAACCGAGACUCUGCUAUGGACUUUCGACGAAGACAGGAAAACCUUCACAACGCUACAUCAUUGGAAGAAGACCUCCUCGUCGUGAAGUAUCCAUCGGUGGAUGAGGUCGCCGACACUGGCGACGAGCGCACUCCAAAGGAACACUUCGUCGUCAUGGCUGAAGCCUAUCGCUGUGCUGGUCUACUUGAGCUCUACCGUGCCUUCCCUUCGAUCUUGCGCAAACGUCUGAGCACCGACGAGUUCAGCGGAACUGCUAGCGUUGACUUUCAAUUUCCUAUGCCACGAUUCGAGACGCCAUACGAAGACACGGAUAUAAAGUUAUGGCUGAACUCGCUUGCCAUGCACAUCCUUCAAUCCAUUGAGUCUCUUCCCUCUUCGUCGGGCACCUUUUGCGUUCAACCACUUCUACUUGUUGUAGCUGCUUCCGAAUUAAAGUUCGUCUCCUCUGUGGACUUCUUCGAUGUCCACGCCAAUGACCUGAAGAUCAAUUCCGCUCGGGAGUUCGUCAUCAGGCGGUUACAGGAGUUUUCUCUAAGACUACCUAACAAACCCCUUCGCCAGAUGAUCCGACUCAUCCAAGAGACAUGGCGGCGAUCUGACGAUGGACAAGACGCGUUUUGGAUUGAUGUUAUGAACGAAAAGAGAUGGCAUACGAUCAUGUGA